AUGAGUCAUAGUAAAUUAAUUCCCAAGCUCUCUAGCCAAUCUCCUGUCCAUCAUAUCAACUUAAAGCCUCAGUCCACAGAAACACCUUUUAAGAAAGAAGACUUACAUCUAAUUUCAAAAGACUCCUUGGAAUCUGAUUCAGAAAGCUUCACUCAAGAGAUUAAGGCCCAAUCUAAACUUGAAGACCAAAUCCAGGACAACAUCAUGGAGCCUGACAGUUUAGAGGAAGAAAGCCCUCCACAGGAUAGCUUGAGUGAGACAGAAGAGGAAGCAAGCAGAAAAGCAGCUCAGACAGCCAGCAAGGACAACUUCCAUAUCCAAGACAAUGGUGCGAAUCAUAGUCAACAACCAAAAGAAGACAAAUAUUCAGACCUCCGAUAUGACCCAAACUGGAAGAAUAAGAAAGAGGAAGGGCAGUUGUUGACUGUGGAAGCAUCGCUGGAGUCUGUAGACAGCUCUACAGAAAAUCUGACUUUGGAUCCACUCUACCCUUCCAAGGAGACUUCAAUGGAACUCGCAGGGGGAAAAUGUGAAGAGAAAAAGAGCCCACAGAGCGAAGCCUCCUUACUUGGUAGUGAAUUUUUAAGCCCAAACUAUGAGCUUGGGGCCCAUCGCAGCAAGCAUUUUUCAGACCUAAGUGACAGCGAUCUGGAGGAGAAGUCGAGCAACCUCUCUCAGUGCUUGAAAAGUUCAAGUUCACAUAAUGAAGUUUUCUUACCAGGAUCCCGUGGCCCUCGACGAAGGAAGUCCAAACAAUAUUUUGUGGAAAAAAACAAGCUAACUUUGGGAUUACCUACUCCUAAAGUGGGCUCUUAUCUUCAACUUCACAAUAAAAAAAGGGGGGAAACUCGCACAGAACAGAUCUCCUAUCCAGUCAGAGUAACUGACAAGACAUCUAUUCAGAAUGCCGAAGAGAUUGAAAAUGCUGCCAUCGAUCUUGAAGACAAAUGGCACCAAAGAGCCCAACAGCUAAAGAAUCUAGAGGAACACUCGUCUCGAUAUGAAAGUACGAAAUCACAUAAUGUACCAAGAGGUCCAUCUUCUGAAACAGCCAAUGGCCAACGACCUGCCAGAAGACCAGCCAAGUACAAGAUUCAAAAGCAGCAGAAACACAAUAAUGGCUUGAAGUCUUUGGUGACUGAAGAGCUGGUUGUCAGUCAAGGAAACCAGAAUAACACUCCUAGACAGCAACAAAACCAAAAUAAGCCUUUUGAUACUUCAAUAAAACAUGAAACAAUUGUGAUUAUGAAUGCCCCCAACAAUGAUUUGCAACGCUCAAGUGCACUUAGGAGCCAGGAUCCCAAAGUAACCUCCAAUAAAUAUGCUCUACCACCACAGGCUUUUGACAAGGUAUUAUAUAAAAACUCUACUGGAUAUCACUCAGUGAUGAAUUUUAAUAAAGGAAGAGGACACGGAGACCACGAAGAGAAAAGAUUUUCAUACCAGCAGCUACACAUCAAUGCUCUAUCCAAUAUGGACUUGAACUACCUUAAUGAAUCUACUAUGAGACAAGCACCCCUGAGCCAGAAGGGCUCCCAGUCUGUUUCUAACAUAAAUGUUAAUGGAGUAACUGAAAAUAAGAAGCAACCUGAACAAACUUAUAUGGAGAAAAAAUAUAAGAACUUGGAAAUAUUAUGGAAAUUUCAUUCUUCCUCUGACAGCCAACCUGCUAGAGCAUCUCCAGAUUCACAGCUUGCUCAGAUCAUGGAGCAACAUCAGCAAGCCUUAUUGCAACUGACUGAGGUGCAGCCCAGUGAAGGGGCUUUAUCCAGUGUCACAUUUCCACCCAUAUUAUCAAGGGUAGAAAGUGAAUCCCAACUCAGUUCAGAGAGAAUUCAAAGAAAGCAAAUGAAAAUUAGUCGUAGUAAUUCUGAAGGCUAUCUGUUUCAACUGGAAAAAGGAAAAAAACAUAGGAAAAGAAGCAGCAUUAAGAGUUCCAAGCUGAAAGGUUAUCAGAAAAGAGACAUGAAGCUUGGAGGCCUUGGACCUGACCUUGAAUCCAUCAGAGACAAAAUGCAGAAAUUAAUACAGCAAAAGGAAUAUGCAAAACAAGUUAAGGAGUACAACAUGAAGACACUAUCUAUUAUGUCAAAACCACAAACAAUAAAAACUGAAAAUAAAUCUUCCAUCCCUCGACAGAAGGCUUUGGAAUAUGCUAAGACAAUCCCAAAACCCAAACCUUUAAAUCUGACUGAUCAAAUGUCAAAGGAAAAGAAAAAUACAACCUAUGCCAGAAAAGAAGACACUUUACCUGAAAUCUCACUGCUGGAAAUACUGCAGAGCAGACACGAAAGAGAAAAACAAGCUGUAGCUGCUUUCAAAGUCCUUCACAUUGUAUAG